AUGUAUGAAGACUUUGGUCGAAACCCUCUACAACCUACCUUGCAAACAAAGCGAAUUACUCAAGAACUACCACCAUCCGACCCCAACUUUGAUCGUUCAAAAGUGACAGAUGAUGAAUUUAUUGAAAGAUUACUAUUCGAAAAUCGAGAGCUCCAAGAUUCGCUACGUCAAUACAAAAGAGAAGUCGAAGCUUUAGAAGAAACGAUAAGGGGAUUCAAAGUGCUGGCACUGAUUUCGAAACAUAAUGGAGAUUCUUCCUCCACAAAGGGCCCACAUGCAUCGAAUACAUCAAUCGACGAUACAGCUGACACAACCAUUGUGAAUGAAUCCAACAUUGUUCCAAAAUUAAAAGACAUAGAUGAGUUGUCUUCGGCGAUUACUACAGAGAUAAGUGACGUUCCUCAAAGAUCUGCUAGAAGAAGGGCAAGUUUACGGGUCGAGUUGCCUGGACUGGAUGCUGUCAGUGGGCGGCCUAGCUCCCCUUUAGAGAAGAAGAUGACUGGUUCAGAUUCUGUGAUCAACCAUAUGUCCAAGAGGUCACCUGAAAAAUCAGAGAGCACCAAUCCCUUUUCCAACAGGUCUUCUGUCUAUUCUGAUGAAGAAAGACUGGUUUUAAAAAGUAGGCCUUCAAGUAAACCAGAUUUCUUGGGUAUUGCUGCUGAAAACAAAAGUGAAUCGGUGGAAGAUGAAAUCGAUAGAAUUAAAGAACCUGUUAAUCUGCCUAAGGAGCCAUUAAGUACGAGUGAACUUGUGGCAGAAGAAUCUGAAGAACCUGAUAAAACUCAAAGAACUAAACAGCCGGCCAUCCUGCCUAAAAGAUCAAUAAAUACAAGCGAGUCUGUCGUAGAAGAAGCUGAAGGGACUGACAAUAUUAAGCAAUCUGCUAUUCUACCUAAAAAGCCAAUAAAUACGAGCUUCAGUGCAUACAAAUCAAGAAUAAGGUUGCCUUCUAGUAUGCAACAACAGCUUCCUUCAAAGGACGGUAGUUUCGCAUCCUCCAGGGAUAGUAUUAAUAAGACUCUGUCCCCUUCAAAAGAAUCAGGUGAGUCCUCGGCCUUCGUCAAUAAUAGUCUGAAUUCUGUGACAAAUUUAACUUUGGAUCCACAUACACAAACAAGUGAUAAUAUCGAUAUGGAUAAAACUUUUUCUUCUUCGCGCUUCAAUAAUGGUAAUAUUUCAAAUGAUAAGCUUAGCACAAGUCUCGAUGAAGACCCAGGUAGUCAAGUCUCGUCCCCGGGAGUUAAUUCUAAGCAAUAUUUCACUUCAGUUCUAAAUAAAUCUGACUUUGAAUCUGAAGUACUCAGAACUCCUAUUUCAGCCAACUUCACUUCCACGGAUUCUCUUGGAUUCUCUAAGAGUAACAGUAGCUUCCAAGUUUUACAAUCGCCUAGACCUGAGGAAGAUGAUACUCCGUUGUUCAUUAAGCCGGAAGAGUUUCAGACAAUUGAAAUUGUCGUUGUCAGCACAAUUCACUUUCCUGUUUCCUCAUCAUCAUCUAAGGAUCCUAACUGCACCAUAUCUAUUAAUGAUAGAAAAAGCUCGAAAGAAAUGUGGAGAAUCAGAAAAUCAUAUUCGCAAUUGGUGGCAUUCGAUAAUGAAAUCAGGCCAUAUGUAGAGUACUUUGGGCUCCCUCCCAUUCCUGAUAAAUCAUUAUUUCUUUCUUCUAGUCCAUCAAAAGUUGAUACUAGAAGAAUUGGACUUCAAAAUUACUUUAAUACGAUUUUUUUAAUGCCCCAUAUUCCCCACAUGGUUUUGUUUCGAAUAUGUCGCUAUCUCUCAUUGAACAUCGUCAAUCCUUUGGACGAUUACAAAAGUGGAUCUAGAAAAGAGGGGUUCCUUAUUCGUCGAUAUAAGGGUUUGGGCUCUUCUUGGAAAAUUAGAUGGUGUCAAGUUGAUGGACCAUUUUUACAAAUAUUCGAAGGUCCAGGUGGUCAAUUAUUGGAGCAAAUUAAGCUUAAAGGAACCCAAAUUGGCAAACAAUCUGGAGACGCUGUUGCAGAUGAUAGAGGCUAUCGUCAUGCUUUUUUGGUUAUGGAACAACAAAAAUCCAAGCUAUCUUCAACUGUUCAGAAAUAUUUCUUUUGUGCAGAAUCAGAUCAGGAAAGAGACGAAUGGAUAGAUUCACUUUUCGAAUUCAAUAACUUGAGUGAUGGCUCUUUCGAAGGAGACGCUUCGUCGCUUACAAUAGAAACUAAUCGCGGCAGGACCGAUGAGGAUUCGGAAACUCAGAGUUAUUCACAAAACAUACCAACCCCUCAUCGUUCAAGACCUCAGCAGAAUGAAAAUACUCUGAGUACUUAUGAGGAAGAUAUUAAAGAACAAAAGGAACUCAAGAAACUUCGAAAGAGAAGUAUUUUCCCCUUUCGAAAAACAAACAAUAAUAAUAACCCAUCCGAUAAUAAUGAUGAGGCGUCUAAUGUUCCAUCUCUUAAUGCAAAUGACUUGUCUGUUCAAUCAUACUUGGAUCUGCUUAACUUGGACGAGAAUUUGACAAAAACAAUUUUCGGCAGAGAUAUACAUGAAGUCUUCAAAUUAUCUAAUAAAACUUUUUAUGGCAAGAGUAUCCCAAGUAUAUGUUUCAGAUGUCUUGACUUUUUAACUCGAACUGGUGCAAUUUACGAAGAAGGAAUAUUCAGACUAAGUGGCUCCGCUUCUAUUAUUAGACAGUUGAAAGAGCAAUUCAAUACGAAAUUUGAUCUUGAUUUAUUCGAAUCGAGCUUGAAGCCAGACAUUCAUACAGUUUCUGGAUUGUUAAAGACAUACUUAAGAGAGCUUCCUUCUCCUAUCAUUGGUACUCAGUGUUUGAGUGAUUUAAAUAACAUUGCGAUUAAUAGUGCAGCAUAUCUCUCUCAUUAUGCAAUUGCAAUCAAGUUUAAAGAAUAUUUUAACGAUGAUUCAAAAGUGGAUAAGAUAAGUUAUAACUUGUCUUACGUGAUCUUUAAGUUUUUAAGGCAAAUAAUAGCAAAAAAUCAGAGUAAUCGGAUGAAUAUGCGGAACGUUUGUAUAGUGUUUGUGCCAACUUUAAACGUUUCGUUAGAAGUAUUGAAUACCUUUUUGGUCGAUUUUAAUUGCAUAUUUGAAGGGGGGAUACCUACACCUGAUGAAGAUAGAGAGGUUUUAGAUUUACACAUUCCUACUUUUUAA